GCACCGGCGGCGGGCGGAUGUAGAACGUUUCUGAUACGAGCUCGUCAGAAGAUGCACAUGGAGUCGCACCGCCGCUGGACGUUUGAAAUUAAACGCUGCUUGUAUGGAUUUCUGUAUUAAAAAUCAUCGAAUCGAAACCAGUUCAACGCGGGAGGUGCUCCUCUGGUCGUGAGCCAGGCUGCAGUGACAUGGUGAUAUACGUCGACCGGCAGAAGGCGGCCAUGGAACCGAGGAGCGACAGCUGUUUGCCGAUGACUGGUGAAGGCACUGGUUUGGAGGCUUUGGCCUCACCGCAGGCGGGGUAUUUGGGAAAAGUCCAGGAAAGAGCUGCUUCACUGCAUUAUUGUCCUUGGUGUGCUUCGAAAGGCUUGAACUACCCUCUUCGUUCCUACCGCAUCAAUCUCCAGGAAUCCAUUACCCUCUGCACGAACCCACAGUGUCUCUUCCCAUUGGUCACUCGGCCCUUGGAGGAUGUUUUGGCGAGCUUGAAACGCGUGGAGUCUACUGCGGGGGUGAAAAGGAAAAAUGUCUUGGCUUUGGAUGAAGAAGAUGCGAUUUGUCCGAUUAAACGCCAGCGACCGGUCGAAGAUGGUGAACUCCUUCCACAGAGUGUGCCUCACAGCUGCUCUUUAAAACCUGCGACAAAUGGCGAGAGCGGGAACCCAAACAGAGACAUUAAAAAGGUGGACGGAUCCAACAAGGAAACUCCAGAUGCUGAGCACAGGAGUGAUCCUGCUCCUCCUGCAUGUUCCCCCUCUCCGGGACACUCCUCAGAAGUUUUGCUGACAAGUAGUAAAGCAGAACCUCCUGCCUCGUUUGUUCACCUCGUCUCCCCUGAUGUAAUAAAGCAGAAAAAUGAUCAAACUUCAAACAGAUGCAACAGACUGUAUUCCAGUGAAGCUGUUCAAUCAGUUAAUGUUAAAACCCCAUCGGCCCUAAGCAAUGAGGAAACAACGCCCUCAGAGAAACAAUCACUCAUGGCGGACAUCCCCCCAGGUCAAGAUGUUAACGGCUUCCAUCCAGAGAGCCAAGAUUUGUCUGAAAAUCUUGUUUCUGUUCCAAAACAGCUGCUGUGGAGGAACAGCGACAGCCUGUGCUGGCUGGACUCCCUGCUGGCCGUGUUAGUGAACUGUAAGAGUUUAAGAAAACUUGGAGCUAAAGACGAGCCUCAGAGCUCGUCUGUGUGGCGGCUCCUGAAAGAAUACGAAGAAAUCUGUGCUGCCGUCCAGGAACACCAGCAAACUAGCACAGAUGGCGUUGUGAGGGUACCAAACCAUGUGCUGCAGAACGCCCAUGUUCGCCUGGAGAGUCUCAGGAUGUCUGUUUUUGAGCUUCUGCAGCCCAAACUCCACUGCAAGCUGGGUCAAAAGGAAACGCCUGUUUUCGCCUUGCCUCUUCUGCUGUCAUUGGACUCCUGGAUGGAGCGCCUCUUCCAGACCACUUAUACCUGGGAGUUCAAGUGCAGCAAAUGCAAAGUGAACACAAAAGAAAGGGUUGUGAAAACUCUCCCGACUUUCACAAAUAUUGUCCCCGGUUGGACCCCUCUUAACGCAGCUCAUUUGGCUCCAUGUAAUAAUUGUUGCAAAAAGAACCAGAAGAGGAAAAUGUUGCUGGAGAGCCUACCUCCAGUCUUUGCACUGCACUUUGUAGAGGGGCUUCCUGACAGUGACAUCAGGAAGUACACCUUCAGCUUCAAGGGGAAAUGCUACUCUGUGAGCACAGUCAUUCAGUACAACCAUCAACUCAAGCACUUUGUCACCUGGAUCAACAAUGAAGAUGGAUCUUGGCUGGAGUAUGAUGAUUUAAAACACCCCGCCUGUGAGACCCACCAGCAGCUGCAGAUCCCUGCGCAGGAGAUCCAUGUCGUCUUUUGGGAGGUGGAGGGGGAUCCAUCGCUCUCUGCCUGUGCUCCCUCCCCAGCUGAGAAUAAAAGGGUUUCCAGGUUGAAAGGCUUGAAGAAAGAAGUACAAACUGCACAGACUCCAGAUCAGUCUUUUGUCGCCUCUCACAAUGACACCGACAUAGUCUGUGCUCUGUCAGGAGACGACGGCACUAACGAUUCAGACACUACAGGUAAAGCUGAGAUGGACACUUCGAUAGGUGCCUCCACACUGCUCUAUGCCUUCGAGGGCCUUUCUCAUAAUGACAUCAUCACAUUAACUAUGGUGGAGAUGCAGCCUUCAGAGGAUGUCCACCAAAAUGAGGACCUGAGUUCUCCCGUAGGGAAUGAAGCAUCUUUACCUGACAGCUCCAUCCCUGCAGCAGGCGAAGAUUCGCAUCAGGUCGCUCAGGCUGAGCCUAAAUCUGAUUCAGAAUCAGGGGGUGCUCCAACGUUUGAGCCCAAGACCAAACAUGGACAAGGUAGAGGAGCAAAUACGAGGAAAAGCGCCAGGCUGAGAGGAAAAAAAGCAGAUCCAUCAAAAGAUGCUCCACCUCCUGCAGCUCCAGAGCCACCGCAGCCUGUUAGCCUUGCUCAGAUUGACACCCAUCCUGCUACAGAGCCCACUUCCACGGUGUCUUCUACCAACAAGUCUCCUCCAUCCAGCGCUCUGAGCUCUCAGUUUUCUUUCCUGCUAAGCAGAUACCAACAACACAGAAAGCUUCCAGAUCCUCCCCCAAACCAAAACCCUGUAGCAACUGAAGUGAAGCCAUCUCACCCAGUUCACUCCACUCCCAACCCUGUGAAAAAGCUGCAGAUUCCCUCAGGGGUUCCUAAAACUACGUUUAUCACAGAGGAAGUAAAGUGUCUCCCACCAAAAGCUGCAGAGAUGUACGGUGGCUUUGGUGCAAAGAACCCCAGUCCUGCUCCAUCACCUUUAAGCAUCCCUCCAUUACUUUCAGCCGCCCAUCCUAACCAACCAGCAUCUCUCACAUGGAAGCCCCCCCCUCUUCACCUGGAAAUCUCCUCAUUAAAGAAACCCAGCAGCACAAAGGUUCCUCUCGCUCUCAACAGCACUGAAGCCCUCAGAUACAAACUCUUGAAGAAACUUAAAGCUAAGAAGAAGAAAUUGGCAAAGCUGAACCACCUGCUGGAGAACGGAGGAAUGACGCACCUCAGACCGGACAGCACCGACCUGGGCUCUCCAAGCACCGUCACCUCCAGCACCUUUGACGGCUCCACCUGCGAUGACAUCCUGUCCGACCUGCUGUCCCCGGCAACGACUGCCAGCCACCUUUCCCCGGACAGCACCGGCUUCCUGGAGAUGGUGGCUAAUGGGACAGAGGGGCCCAACCAGCUGGACUGUUUAGUGAAUGGCUCUGGAGUCACGUCCCAAGCGGUCUGUCAUAGAAACCAGCAAGAAGAUCACAAUUUCCUAGAAGACUUCCUCUCCCAGUUUUAAAGCUGUCAAAAUUAUCUUUUUUUCAAUUUCAUUUUAAUUUAAACUGGAAGCUAGAAUAACGGUUAACUGUAGAAUUAUGAGAUGUGUUUGGCAGGCGGGGCUUCCUUUGUCUCCUUGGUUUUAUAGGAGUGCUACAUCUUUUGGUUUUACUUCAAAAAAUUGCACUUUGUUUUUCGUAUG